AUGGCCAGUUGCAAGUCAAGCUUCGUUUCCAUCUUGAACAAUGAUGACCACCCAUCAUUUGCAGUUCGAUCGAGCCCCGGGGUCUCCAGACAGCCAUCCACCUCUUCAUCAUACUCGCAGCAUUCAGAGCAACAGCCACGAACUUUGUUACCCGACUACAGCUAUGGAGCUGCCUACACAGAGUCUACUGCACGAUCUCCAGGCAGGGUAAAACGACAACCGUUUGAUCCAGUUUCGGAAGCGAUGCAGCCCGCGUCGCCUGGCUCCUCUGAUUGCUCUUCCUACGACUACAUCACUCAGAACAGCGCGGUCAGUUACUAUCGCUCUGGCCGACAAGACUCGUACGCUUACCCCCCUCCCACGAUUGCACCCGCCGAGAAGCGCCUGAGCGGCCAUUCGGUGUCUGAUCCCCCAUCCCCGCCGCGAUCCAUUGGCGGAUCUAAAGAUGCAACCGGUGCCAAAGGGACCAGAAAGAACAAAUACCCGUGUCCGUUCGCGGCCAGCCAUGGAUGUUCAGCGACUUUCACCACUUCGGGCCACGCCGCACGCCACGGCAAAAAACACACGGGAGAGAAAAGUGUGCAUUGUCCAAUAUGCAACAAGGCCUUUACUCGAAAGGAUAACAUGAAACAACAUAUCCGAACUCACCGCACGCAUUCAGAAGACAUGCCUUCGGGAAUAGGCGACCGCGAUGGCGAGGCUGCCAGCAGCCAGUGGGCAACAGGGCGAACCAGCCCACCAUACAGCCAUUCGCGGUCGACGAGUCAGUCGCAGACGGAUGGGCAUGUCUAUCACCGCAGCACGAGUACCAUGAAUAUGACGACGUCUAGCGGAAGCCAACGUCGGCAUUCGCCUUACUGA